GGUUGCAAAUUUGUUAAAAUUUAUAGAGACGCGUUUUAAAAUUGUGUUUUUCAUAAUAAUUUAUUAAAAAUGAAAUUAAUUUAAAGUAUUAAUUAAGUGAUAAACAAGUACAAAUUACAAAAAAGUGUUUACGAUGCUGCCGCCAACACCCAUCACUAUCUUGUAAAGUAACCAAUUAUGUAUAAGAAAAAAACAAAGCAAAACAUAUAAGAACUGACUUGCAUAAACUACAAUUGAAAUCAACAGAUAAACUUUAAGAAUAUGACCUGAAGAAAUAAAUAUACUUCAAAAGUAAUAGAAUGGCUUGAAUAGAACGAAACAUGUGGAAUGGAGAAUUGUCAUAAAUUUUUGCUGUCAAACUAAAUGGAAAUACAAUUUUCAAUUCACAAUUUUUGUUGUCUUUUAUGGAAAUUUAUUUCUGUUUACAUUUCAUAGAUGAUGUUAUCUGUGGAACAUUUGCGACAAUAUUGUCGUACCUGCCUAGCCAAGUUGGAGGUGAAUAAUGAAGAUAAUUCUACAAAAUAUGUUCCCACAAAUAAAUACCCAGAACUGGAGAAUUUAAUACAAGUCUGUCUUGCACGGACUACCGCAGGUGACGAUAGUUUGUGUUAUUAUGCACCAUUUUUGUGCUGCUCCUGUUUUGAUAAAUGGUUAGAUUUUUCUAAACUUCACCAACUGGCUAUUGCAACUGAUGAAAAAAUAAGGAAGAUAUUAGAAAGAGAAGUUCUUAAAAGCGAAAGCAAAGACGAUGAGGCAAUGGUUAUAAAUAAUAAACAAAAUGAAAAUAUUGAGGAAUUUCUAACGGAUACCGAAUCCUUAGUUGAUAUAAAUGAUAUAGAAAAAUAUGAAACAGAUUCAACAUUUUUACUGAAUAGUCAUUCAGAUUCACCAACCAAUAACCGCACCCGAUUGGAUGAAGAAAUAUCGUUAGGAAAACUUAAUAUAACAUCCAAAUGUUAUGAAGACAUCGAUGUUCACUUCUCCUCCGAUAACGCAGAUGAUACCGAUUUUAUCACAUCAUUGCACCAAAAAGGCUUAAAAAGCAAAAAUUCUCAAAUCAAUAAAAAGACUAGAAAAUCUUGUACUUUAAAGAAAACGUACAAAAGAAGAAAAACAUUUGUAGAAUACAGUAAAAAAUCGGAAGUGGAUAAUGGACCAAAGAAAGUUCGGUAUGAAUGUAAAACAUGCAAUAAAUAUUUUUGGGAAAAGAAUAAGUACGAUGGACAUAUGAAACAAGUACACGAGGGCAUCAGACGUCCAUAUCAAUGUUUGCAAUGUGAUAAGGCUUAUAAUCUGUACAAAACUCUUUUGCAGCAUAAACGAGAGUGUCAUAGCGAAAAGUCGCAAGAAGUAUUCAAAUGUGAAAAAUGUGAUAAAACAUUUAAAACAGCUGUAAUUCUCAAACAACACUUGACAAACAAGCAUUCCGAACAUAAAGAGGCCAUGCGAUCGAUUUGCGAUCAGUGCGGUUUUAUUGCUGCUCAUCAAUAUUCACUCUCGCGGCAUAUUAUCAAUAAGCAUACCGAAACAGACCAAAUAAAAUGCGAUUAUUGUCCGAAAGUUUUUAAAACGCAGUACUCACUUAAAUAUCACGUGAUAGGCAAUCACAACCCAUCGAAUUCAAAGCCCUUCAAGUGUUCCGAAUGCCAAAUGGGAUUUACACGUAAAACGCUAUUGAAUCAACAUAAACGAACCCAUAUCAAAUACACAGAACGUAUUAAAUGCGACUUUGAGGGCUGUGAAGUGCGUUUCGUUAAACUUGGCGAUAAAACUCACCAUAUGCGGUUGGUACAUUUGAAAGUUAAACAACAUAUAUGUGAUUUUUGUGGUGAGGCAUUUGGCGCCUUGCAAACGUUACGUCAUCACCGAUUUAUACACACGGGUGAGAAACCUUAUAAAUGUAAUGUUUGUGGUCAAGGUUUUCGGCAACGUACCGCUAUGAAAACGCAUCGAAAGAUACAUUUUGGAAAAGACACAGAAAGGCAGGAUCUUAUUGAUAAUUUACCAGAAAUUAACUUAAGCUUAGUAAAUACAGUAAAUGCAUAAUAAGUGCAUUUAUGUAUGUGCAUAUAAUGUAUUGCCAAUAAAAGAUCUAUU